UAAACAAUCCGUGGUGAUCAAUAAACACUUCAAAUAUUUGAGAGGAUUGCAUCAGCUGUAUCAGUUGGAUGUUCGUAGUUACGCUGUGAAUUACGCUAUUUUUAGACAAUUGUCGGUGUUUUACACCACUUUCGUUAUUAUUAUCUGUUAAUUUAAACAAAUAUACAACUCCGUGGCUUGGCGUCAGGAACCCAAUCCACGGUUUUAAACCUAUCAUCAAAAAGACGUAGAAUGGCGUAUGGACUAGCUUUAUAGAUCCAAAAGAGCCAAAAGAGCACCCAACCAAAUCAAACACUUUAAAUGUUUUAUGAAAAAAAGAAUUACAUUAUUGCGAGAGUCCACUGAGCUAUAAGGGGGGAGGCACUUACAUUAUUGCGUUCGUGGUAAAUUGAUUGCACAUGUACAUACUGUAGAAAACAUAUGUAAAUCCUAUCCGAAGAAAGGAAACUGCACUUACGAUCUAGCUUGACAGCAAUGAAUCGAAAAGUGUGUGAGACCGACAGUCUGCAAGCUGUUAUUCUUGCGGAUGAGUUUACAACAAGUCUAAGUCCUUUGCAGAAUAUAUAUCCGAUCAUCAUGACGCCAGUGAUAAACAUAUCGCUUUUCGAUUACAUGAUUGACACGCUGGUAAAAUCCAGGGUGCAAGAAGUAUUUCUUUAUUGCAGUAAUCACGUGGAUCUACUGAAGAAAUACGUGAGUGAGAUAAACUGCAAAAGCUUUACGGUCUCUUUAAUUAUUUCUGAUGGCUGUAGAUCCCUCGGCGAUGCUUUACGAGAUAUUGAUGCAAAAGGUUGCAUCAGAGGAUAUUUCAUACUGAUUCGCGGAAACACCUUUACUAAUACAGAUCUGAAAACUCUACUCAAUACACAUCGUUUAAAAGUAGAAAAGGAUAAGGGGACAACUAUGACAAUGGUACUACGGAAUGUUGGUUCAACUAGAAAAUCUUGUCUCUACGAUGAAACUUGUUUAUUAGUAUCUGAUAAAACCAGCAAGAAAAUUCUACAUUAUGCAAAACUGAAUAACAAUGAAAAGAAAGUAAAACUGGAAUUAAACUGGUUUCUUGAUCAUAGCGAAGUAGAGCUUAGCACGUGCCAUUUAGAUACUCAUAUUUAUAUGUGUUCGUCAUCCGUUUUACCACUUUUUGCUGAUAAUUUUGACUUUCAAACUAUGGAUGACUUCAUUCGUGGAGUGCUGAUGAACGAAGAAAUUUUGGAUUCAAGAAUUUACUGGAUACAACUGAAUACGGAGGAUUAUGCUUUGCCAAUUACAUCAUGGAAGACUUAUUGUCUGCUCACUCAGGAUAUUUUGCGUAGACUUACUUAUCCUCUCACACCGGAUGCUCUUCCCUUAUCAAGAAAUUUUACUUACAUGCCACAAAGUAUAUAUAAACAUAAAACUGCUAUUAUCGGAAGAGGUUGUACGCUUGAAAAAGACUGCACUCUUGGAUAUAAAAGUUCAUUAGGAAAUAAUACAACAGUUGUUAAAUCUGUGAUUGGGGAUAAUUGCACUGUUGGCAGUAACGUUAGAAUAUACAAUUCCUUUAUUUUUUCUGGUGUUAAAGUUAAGGAUAAUUGCUUUAUAAAAAAUAGUGUAUUGUUUCCAGAUUGUAGCGUUCGAUAUGCUAGUCGCGUGCACGGAUGUAUAUUGUAUCCCGGGAUUGAAGUUCCUCCUCGCAGUCAGUACGUCGACAGCCUUAUCGAAUCUGUGUCUUCUGAUGUAACUAAAACUAAAGUGACGAAGCUCGAUAUUCACGAACAAAUUUUAUACUCCGCAAAUAACGAGAUAGAUGAGUGCGAUAAAUAUUCUACGGACUCGUCUAGCAUAGACAGGGAAUCGGGACUCCCCAGUUCUCCGAUUCCAGACGACACGAGUAUGUUUCUGUCGGAAGUGAUCGACAGUCUGUUGCGCGGUUAUCAAGACAAGCUCAAAUGCGAGAAUUUGAUUCUGGAAAUUAACUCGUCAAGAUACGCGUACAACGUCACCAUGCGCGAGGUGACGUACAAUGUCAUUAAAGCAAUCCUCAGUCUGCCGUUACAUUAUUUAUCGGAAACAAAUACUCCCGUUGAUAAACCGAAAUAUCAGAAGAAUCUUAAAUCCAUGAUAAUUUACUUUAAUCCCAUUAUAUUGAAUUAUAUUAAGAACAAUGACGCGCAGGAAGACUGUUUGCGCGCCAUAGAGGACGUCGCCAGCACGACCGAUGAGCUGUUACCUUACACGCAACACCUGUUGCAUCUGUUCUACGAACGCGACAUACUAUCGGAAGAGAAGAUUUUACAGUGGUACGAAUUUAUUAGCGAGGAAAAUGACGUGCAACACAACAAAGUGAGGGACGUUGUUCAGCCGUUCAUUAAAUGGCUAGAGGAAGCGGAAGAAGAUUCUUCCGAAAGUGAUGACGAAUAGACGUACUUUCUGUUUGAGACUUUAUAUUGUAGAACAACGUGAAAUGUAAGAGUGCAAAUAACAUAACAUACUUAUGAGUUUAUUAUG